AUGUUGCCAAUUGAAUAUAUUGUUCGUUCAAAUUCAUCAGAGACAAAUUUUAAUUUUGAUAUUUUUAAUGAACAAUGGUUAAAAUCGAAUGAAACUAAUCAAUUUCAUUGGAUUUGUCGACCAAAUUUGAAUGGAAUUCGUCAUCGAUAUGCAACAGAUUUGACUGAUCUUGAACGAAUUAAAAUUCGAUGUGACAUCAAUGAUCUUCGUGAAGAAACAAUUCGAGUCGAUGCUGAGAAAGGACUUGUAAUUAUCGAAGCAUUGCGACAAACACCUGACAAGAACGUUUUUGAAAAACGAAUUGAAUUGAGUAAUGAUGUCGAUAUACAAACGAUGAUGGCAUUUAUUGAUUCACAACGACACGAACUUAUCAUUGCAAUGAUCGUUGCUGAUGUUCAACAUCGACGUGAUCCGUUGACAUCGAUGAAUACAUCAUCACAUCGACGUUGUUCACUACAAAAAUCAUUUUCGAUUGAUGCACGACGAUCAUCAAUAUCAGGACCGACUACCAAUGAUCUACUCAUGGAAAUUCCAUCUGAAUUUAUUCUCACCGGCAAAACAUUACUCAUCGAAAAACAUACAGAAUUAUUCGUCGAUGGUCUUCAUAUCUCUCAACCUCCACAUCCAAUUCGAAUACAACACGGUUUAUGUAUUGUUGAGGUGCAUGACUCUUCAAAACAAUUAUCCAAUGAGAAUGAUUCUGAAUCAGUGAUACAAAUCAAAAUCGAUUUAUGCCCGGAAUUUCUUCGCAACGAACAAAAAAUUAUUCUUCGAGAAAAUUCAACGAUUCCUCUUGGAUCAUUAUCAGGCAAUUGGAUUGAUCUCUAUCGAGAUCAACAUUCAGCACCGGUCAUUGAUGUUUUCAUCGAAAUUAAUUCAGCUGAUUUGAUUCGAGGUCGAACAAUUCUCAUACAGAAAAAUAAUAUAUCAAUGAUCAAUCGAGAAGAAUGCAACGAUGAACAAAAACAUCUUUUGAACGAAAAUCCAUUCACAAAACGGGAUCGAUUGAAUUUGGACAAUCUUAUGGAAAUAACUCUCGAAUUGGCUCCAGAUGUGUUUUCUACUGGCAGAUCGUUUAUAAUCCGACAGGAACUCGCUUCUCCAUUGGCCGUCGAACUUCAACAACAUCAUCAUCAUCAUCAUCAUUCUCCUCUUGACUCCGAUCGAGAACAGAUAAAACAUGAUGAUACCGAAACAAUAAUGUCAAUCAAAAAAUUCAUGACAAAACGUGUAUGGAAUCCAUCAUUAUCGUCCGAUGAGCGUCGAUUACAAUUUUGUGUUCCUUGUCUCAAUGCAACGAUGAAAACUCAACCCGAUCAAUAUCAAAUCAAGAUAGAUGAACAUCAGCAUCAUCUACGUGUUGAACUUCAUUUAGAACCGAAUUAUAUUCGAUAUCGAGAAGUUCUAUUGCCUGUCUCGGUUCAACUCAAUCAACUUACAUGUCAUUUCGAUGAUCACAUGACUUCUCUGAACGUUUCUGUUCCUCUUCAGUGA